AGAGAGAGAGAGAGAAAAAGAGAGAGAGAAAGGAGUAGAGGUGGUAACAGAGAUCAGCGUUCAUACAUUGCCAAGGUCCAACAGCAAGGAAACAUGCACAAUGUUAGGUUUACGGCACAAUAGAACAGAGGCUGUUUAAGUUUACUUCAAGUAGCCUGUAACCUCAUCUUUAAAUCUGGCUUUUCUGGACCCUUGCUUGGAUAAUUUAACAUUGUCCGCUGCAGUUCGUGUUUCUUCCUCAAACUUUCAGACAGAAGACCAUCUUAGUGCGGGGAUUCUCUCACUGAUAGAAGGAUAAUGUUCAUUUUCUAAUUAAAGAUGGAUUACCUGUAUUCACUUUAUACUGUGUUGUUUUUGACUGGGUUUUGUGGCUACACAAAAGGUGUGAAUUCCAACGAGAGUUUAAAUAUUUCUGUGUCCAUAUGGGACGGGAAGGUGACCCUUCACUGGAAAGCCCCAGAAUGGGUUCCACCUUCCUCUGAUUAUGACAUUGAGAUGACACCCUUAAGGCACGGAAAUGCAAACUGGAUGGCUGUUCACCACUGCAACUUAACCCUGGUGUCCUGUGACCUCUCUGACGUCGUCAAUGAGACAACCCAUAGAUACCGGGUCCGGGUUCGAGUCGUCACUGGGCAGAACAACUCAACCUGGUCUAGGAUCAUAAUUAAUCUCAGAGAUAGUAAGCUCCUGCCCCCAGUCUUCUCCCUUUCUGGUAAUUCGUCUUCAAUGAAUGUUAGAAUACACACCAAACCCAUCCUGAAAAAGAUCUUCAAGUAUGGCCUCAACUAUUACAUCUACCUGCAAGAAAAGGGAAAUGACAAGAUCAUGCAGAACAUAACAUGGAAUUCCGAGGAGCAGAUACCAGAGGUGAGCUUCAGCUUGCUGCAGUGGGGGCGAGAGUACUGCGUCCGUCUGCGCGUCGAGGACAGAGCAGGGAUAGCCGCCAGUGAGGCAUCCGAGGAGCAGUGUCUCAUGCUGCCACUCCCAGAGUGGUACCCGUUUUUGGUACCAACCAUUCUCAUUUGCAUCGUGGCAGUUGUAUUUCUGGUGGCCCGAUUUCUACACUGCUUCUUGAGGGAGCCAGAGAAAUUACCCAUCACACUGAAAUCCCCUGGAACUGGAUGGCGACCACUCACCGUGAGAGAAGUUUCAGUCGAGAUCGUGACCGAUAAAGGGUUUCUCCUGGUAAGCCGAAAAUCCGAAGAGAAAACCAAGAAAGUGACGGAGCUGAUGACAGCGGAGGAGAGCGAGGAGAGGAGGGAUAGCAUGGAUAGUGGGGUGAGCAUGGGCCAGCAUUCCUCGGAGAUGGACAGAGAGGCGAGGCAAGACACUGUGAGACGACAGAAGGAAGACAGCGGUUGUGGGAGUCUGGAUGAUGCUGAUGGCAGCGCUGGCAGGAGGGGAUUGGAGGACCUCUCCGUACUACAAAACAAGAACGAGAAUGGAAGCUGUGCUCCACACCAGCCUGACAGUGUGGCAUCUCAGUACAGUGACGCCAGCAAUCUGGACGCUGAUGAUUCUGGCCUGACGCCUGAGCAUCUAGUGCCUCUGCUCACCCAGAAACUGACUCAAGGAUCCUCUGAAGUCCAGGCUGGGGAUCAAGGGCAGGCAGAAGGAGCAAUUCAGAGUGACAUGGACAACUGCGUAGCUGUCAGUGUCGGGUAUAGGCCCAGCCAGCUGGCGUGUGUUUGUUCAGGCCAAGGUCAAUGCCUUUGGUGCCGUGUAGGAGGAGGACAGCAGCAGACUGAACAUGACAGCCAACCUGUGACACAUAAACGUAACUCCUCAACCCUCUUUAUCCAAGAGGAAGACCUCAAAAUGACUGUUCCCCAAUCCACGGCACUGCUAGAGCAAGCAGAUUUGUCAUUCCUCACGCUCUCGCUCCCCAAAGACUCCACCGAAGUUUCCCCUCUUCUUAUAUCCAUGCCACAGCUAAGCAUGUUGGACAAUGGACUUGAGUUUACACCCAACGUCAUGCCCGUUUCAAUUUAUGACAUGGGUCUGACCUUUGGGUAGCAAGCUGCUGCCACAUGCCGGGUUUAGCUACUUUAUUUAUUUAUUUUUCUGUUCUUAUUUUAUUUUCAAUAUCAAAGUGGCCAGUACUUGUAAGAAAGCUGGUGUCCAUGUCUCAUGCACGAACACGGAGCUGCAGGCGACGAGACAGUCACGCAUUUGCAGUUUCCACAGCAUCAUUUUGUUGUAUUACUCAGCCGAAUGUCUGUGUCGAAUGUGAUCGCUGAAAGAGGUGGAGGUUGUGUGGGA